CAUGGUGGAACAAGUUGGGCGGUCGAUCGGAUAGUUCAUUGAAAAAAGAAGAAGUUAUUGGAAUGCCGUUUCCUUUCAUCUGUGGGUUUGAAAGUGAAGCAUGUCGGUUAAUUUAAACCGAUAAAAACGCGGACACACACACACACACACACAAACACAUAAUGCACUUUUAAUUGUUUUCGUUUUUACUUUUUAAAGAAGUAACCAUAUACAAAACAUGAGUGAACCACAAACAACAUAUGUGUUAGUAAAACCCGGCGUUUACAAAAAAGUCAACCAUGACACCAAGAAAGAUAACAUCAUUGACAAAAAACUUCAGGAAGUUUAUAAAAAAAUUGAGGCACGCAAGAAACAGUCGAGGAAACUAUUCGAAUAUAGCGAACCUCGUGAACUUAGAAAGUCCAUUUUGGCUGAGAAAUUCUCAGAAAACAAGAUGAUCAGCAGUACUCCAUAUUUUACAAGGAGCAAAAAUGUUUUGACCACGCCGAAUUCAUCGAUAUCGCCUAUCUGGUACAAAGAUGUCAUGGAACCUCAGCGUAAUGUCAUAAAAAAGAGAGUUUUGGAUAGAGUAUGUUCGAAAAAAUCAACUAGAGAAACAACUAAAGACACAAACAAAAAAGAAAAUUCAAAACAAUUGCAACUAAGGAAUACGAUACCAGGAAGCGACGAUCAAGCAGACAGCGGCUCUUAUACCGAUGAGUCGGACGAUUCGGCACUUAUUGAAUUGGUUUACUCCCACCGACCUAAUAUUUUUGAAAGUUUAGCUGAAGGCGACGAAGUAACCUGUUUAAAUUUUAGUACCUCUAGCGAUAUAGGCGUGUCCCCAUUUUAUAAGCCGUGGCGCUUGGAUAACGACAACUUGUACCCCAAACAAGACUCUUCCUUUAGACUAAAUUUUAUCCCGAGCGAGUUAGAUAUUCUGAAUGAUACAAAUCAGGUGCAAAAAAGGGCCGAAAGUAAUAACGUAAAAUUCAGUUUCCCAUUUGAAAAUACCGUGGAAGGUUAUGUCACGAAAAAUCGUGACGGAUCGGAUAUCCUUUCGUUUGACGAAGAGAUGGACGAGUUCAGAACUCUUAAGCAAAAAGCGAACAAGCUCGCUAUUUCGCAGUGGGAAGAGAAAACAAAGUCGACCAGGAAAACCCUAUUAGACUCUUUAUUAUCGGGUAGCCCGAAAGAACGUAAAACCGAAUAUGAUACGCCCGUCAAUCUGGCCAGGAAGUACGCCAUAUCGGGAAAACGUGAUACAACAUCGGUAGAUCCUGGCAAUGUUCAAGUAGUUAUAGACAAAAAUAUUUCGUGUAAACCUUCUACAAUAAAUUGUCGGAAAACCAAAGCAACACCAAGAAACACUUCGAAAAAUCUAUCGCCUAAGCAAAACGGUUGUAUUGAUUCACCAUUGAAAGAAGACGUGCAUAUCUAUCAGGACACGCAUACUUCAUGUGUGUCGAAAAGUUCAAAAUUUACUAAAAUUCAAUCCAGAGCAAAGAAAACUGUCAACAGAUACAGCAACCGGAACAAGCAGCGGAAUGCAGCCUCAUCAAUGCAAUGUGUACCUCAAAGGCGGUCGAAUUCGGAAACCAAAACAAUCCAAACAAACACUUCGAAAAAACUAUCGGCGAACCAGAGCUCUUCUAUUGGUUCGCUGCCCAAUGAAGAGGUGCAUAUCGAUCAGGACAAUCCAUUGCAUGGUUCCUUAGCGUCACCCGUUUCGAAAAAUUCAAAAUUUACUAAAAUUCAAUCCAGAGCAAAGAAAACUGUCAACAGAUACAGCAACCGGAACAAGCAGCGGAAUGCAGCCUCAUCAAUGCAAUGUGUACCUCAAAGGCGGUCGAAUUCGGAAACCAAAACAAUCCAAACAAACACUUCGAAAAAACUAUCGGCGAACCAGAGCUCUUCUAUUGGUUCGCUGCCCAAUGAAGAGGUGCAUAUCGAUCAGGACAAUCCAUUGCAUGGUUCCUUAGCGUCACCCGUUUCGAAAAAUUCAAAAUUUACCACAACUAAAUCCAAUCCGAAAAACAAAACAGGGAGAAAGCAUUCGGGCACCAAAACGACCCAAACAAACACUUCGGAAAAAUUAUUGUCUAGCCAGAGCUGUUGUAUUGGCUCGACGCCUAAAGAAGAUGUGCAUAUCGAUCAGGACCCUCCAUCGCAUAAUUCGCUGGCGCCAUCUGUAUCGGAAAAUUCAAAGUCUACCACAAUUAAAUCCAGUGCGAAAAACAAGAUAAAAAUUAUGCAGAAUACAACCAUUGUUAAGCCACGUGCGCCUCAAGAGCGGUCGAAGGGAAGCGAUAUUGCAAAAGUUAGUCUGAACCGAAAAGACAAAGAGCAGUUGGCUUUGCGAAAAAAGGCGGUUGGCAAACCUGUCACCACAAAUGAAACGGAAGGUGGAAGACCUCAGAGAAUUCGUCGACCUGUUAGGUACAAAACUGAUUUAGUUUUGUCUCCUUUAAUUAUCUGUCAAAAGAGUAAAACUUCCCGAAAAAGUUACAAAAAGGUCUUAAAAGUAGCAAACAAAUCAACAGAUCUGAUUUUUAAAAGGAGCUUCUUAAUCCUUGAAAGAGAAAAAUGUUUACUAAAAGAUAACAUUAGACAAACCAGUUCCGACACAAUGAUUGAUCAUUGUAGUAGUGUCAACAAUUCUCAGUUUGGAGGAAAUAGGAAAUCUGGAGAUGGGAUUGAAUUGGAGAAAAUUAUACCUGUAGCGAUAUCCGAAGAUGAAGGAGCCAGAAAUGAGCUAAAAAAUACACAAACUUCAUCUAAAAAGGGGAAUAAGAUACAAAAAAAACGCAAAUCAAAGGGUGCUGCCGUGAUCGCAACUGAAAGGCUGCUUAAGGUUGUAGAAAAGAGUGUAAAUUGUACCACGAGCAAAUCCCAUUUGUUUGAGGAUUUAGUGCGAAGCAAUUGCAGUAAUUAUAUCGUAUCGCAGGCGAAAUGUAUUUUAAGAGAACCCGAAAAUUUUCGCAAAGAAGGAGAUUUGGAAGUCAGCGAAGUUUCUGUUAAUUCGAAAAAUGCAAUGGUUGGUUAUUUAAAAAUUCCACCAGGAAAUCGGAAGCCGAUGAGCACGUGUGUGGGAUGUAUUAUUAAUUUCACAGUCGUAAAAGGCGAAGCGUUGCUCGUUUAUAAUGGAGAAGAGGCCCUAAUUCGCGAGGGACAGUCCUUCAUAGUCGCUGUGGGGUGGAUGUUACGUAGCAGCGGGUUCUUGGUAUCAGAAACAGCUUGAUAGCGUUUAACACGUUUAUUGAUACAAACAAAACUGUGUGGAUAGCUUUUGUAAGAAACGGAAAAUAUAUUUUAUAUGCCUUUGCUGUACCAUAGAAUUUUAAGCACAAAUCUUCAAUUCAGUUGUCUUUGAACGAACAACCAAAAAGUAACACAAAGGUGUGCGCCAUCAUAUUUAACACACUUUAACGUUUGCAACAACGCAAUUUUGCAGAACGCAAAUGUGUGUAGCUUGGAUAUAUGUAUUUUCCAAAUCAUUUUUCUAAUCAAUUUAUAUUAUUAUUAAAAAAAGAUGUCCAACAUGCGUGGAGCUUAUUUUAGCUUAGUAUCUGAUUUAAAUAGACAAAAUUAUUGAUUUUUAUAUAUUAGUUUAUUUUUAAGGUUUUCAUUUAUUCCCUUACACCGACAUUAGUUUUUGUCUUUCUCUUUAAAAGUCAUAGUAAGGGCAGCGAGUUAAAGAAAAAUUAUUAAGUACAUCGGCAAAGAGAAAAUGCGGGAAAUUAUUUGCAUUUUUUUAAAAUAGGCACUAGGGGCGUAAUUGUGUUUUUCAAUUUUAAAAUUCGGCUGAGGCAAAUUGAGAUUAUUUGUGUUUAAUGCUAGAUAUCCUAUAUCUCCAAGGAAAGUGGUGUGAUGGGUGUUCCAAUAUUUUUUUUGUAAAUGUACAUAUCUACAAAAAAGGCUUAACGCAUUUUAAUUAACUUUAAGUUAUUAAAAAGGGCUUGCCCUAGACUAUCAAUCGUGCUAUGGGCGACGCCAUUGCGACCAGGUGCAGUUUUUUGACAACUUUAAAAAAAUUAACGUUCUGAAAAAAGCAUAAGCGCAACGAUAUGACUUUUAUGUCAUUAGAUAGUCAAGUAAGAGCAAAAUAACUCGGUCUAAAAUGUUUUUUCUAUUCCCGUCCGUGAAAUACCUGAUUACACACCGAUCUAGCAUGCGAGAAGCUUCACUUUACCACGUCAGUUUCUUUUCCGAGAUGGUAGCAAAUGAACGAAUGUUCAAAUGAUCGAAAAUCCCGAACGGCGUUCGGUUUCGGGCGGGGGGUGGUUUGUAACAGUAGAAUAUAGGCAAUAGACUUGCCGACAAGGUAAAGAAGUUAUUAGUAAUAAAAAUAUUUGUAGAAAUGUGUAGUACAUUACACUGCACGACUGAAACUAUAUAAGUAUU